UGUGAAGCCGCCUGGAGUUGAUCACUUGUUCAAUAGCAAACAAACGAUCGACUGAAGCGCAGUUGCUUGAAGGUGUUCAAAAUGAAUUCGUCUACAUUGGAUAAAAUCAGCUGCUUCCUGGCCGAGCUGCUGGGCACGGGCAUACUCGUCUUCCUGGGCUGCAUGGGCUGUGUGAAGACGGAAGCAUUUCCCAACAAUCAUUUGCAAAUUGUGCUCAACUUUGGCUUCGCCGUGCUAGUUGCCAUUCAAUGCUUUGGCUGUGUCUCAGGCGCACAUUUGAAUCCCGCUGUGACAGUGGCUGCUUAUAUCUAUGAUCUGGUCUCGUUGCCCAUGGCGUUUAUAUACUUUGUGGGCCAAAUGUUGGGCGCAUUUAUUGGCUAUGGACUGCUGAAGGCGCUGCUGCCCGAGUCGACGUUUGAUGUGCCCAAUGGCAUGUGUGUAACACUCCCACAUGCUCAGGUCUCGAGUCCUCAGGCCUUUGGCAUUGAGUUUGUAGCCACGUCCAUAUUGGUGAUUGUUUGCUGCGGCGUCUGGGAUCCACGCAACUCCAAGCAUCAUGAUUCGGUUGCCAUACGCUUUGGUCUGGCUGUUGCCUGUUUGGCCUGCGCUGCGGGUCCCUUUACCGGCGCCAGCAUGAAUCCUGCCAGAUCCUUUGCGCCCGCUUUGUGGAACAAAAACUUUACUUCACAUUGGCUCUACUGGUUCGCUCCUUUGAGCGCUGCUGUCGUCACCUCCAUUGCCUACAAGGCUGUCUUUCGCCGCGAGGUAGUCGAGGCUCAGAUCACCUCGGAUGAGAAGCUGCGUCAAAUGGAUGACCUCUCGUAAAAAGUGCCACACAGAACAAAAUACUUAACAAUUAGUUUAUAAGAAUUUUUUUGGCAUUAUAUGCUAAUGUAAAGUUAACAAUAAUAAAGAGCAUAGACUUUUCAUAA